AUGGCAAGUGACGAGGAAGAGGACGACUAUAUGUCCAUGGUGAUUGAGGAACCCACCCUGAAGGAGACUUUUACCCAGAAGAAACGCAGAGAACAGAGAGAGGCCGAAGCCCGUGGGAGAGUCCCUUCCAAAGCUGAACGAGCUGCCCAGGAAGCUAGUCGUCGCGAUGAAGCCUUAGCGACCAGUACGCUGGACCCCUCCAAUAAGGGGUUCAAGAUGAUGGCUAAGUUGGGCUUCAAGGCUGGCGAAUCCCUGGGAAAACGCGAUACCGAUCAGCCAUCUGAAAGUAACUCGGAGUCGACACCUCGUCCGGACCAAGCGCGCUCGGAGCCGCUUCAUCCUAUCUUUAAGGAGAAUCGUGGUGGAAUCGGGUUGGACACGGAAAAGAAACGCAAAAUUCGUGAGGAAGCCGAGGAAGCUACGAAAAAGAUUAAGCGCGAUGAAGGUGACUAUCGCGAUCGCGUACGCGAGGAGCGUGAGCUGCGACGCACUGAAGCGCAAAUACGCUCUGCGCAAAAGGUUGCUGAGCGGUUGGAUACUGAGACUGAGGAAGGUGUCGGUGGGGAAGGCGACAAAAGCGCUUCUGAUGGGCAUGAAGACAACGAGGAUAAGUCGCGACCAGCAGAGGAGAAACCGAAAUCCGCGAAUACCUCCAAAAAACCGAUUCAUGUCAAACCGACAUCGCAGAUCAACAUCCUCUACCGUGGGCUGGUCCGGGAACGAGAAGACCGGGAACGAGAGAAACAAGCCCGCCACGUUCUACAACACUCACUACCCUCAUCCUUUUUUCCAAGUCCCACAUUGCCAGGUUGCGACGACGGCGACUUAGAACGGGAGGACAGAAAAGCUCUUGGCAGUGGACCGGGUCCUUAUAUAAAUGCUGUAGAAGAGGAGCUUGACGAAGAGGACCCUGAGUUGGAGGAAUUUAACGCCUUAGAAGCUCCUGAGCGCCUUCAAAAGCUAGUGGUGCAUUUGCGCGACAUGUACCGGUAUUGUUUCUGGUGCAAGUACCGCUACGAAACCGAUCUGGAUUUGGAGGGUUGCCCAGGACUUACAGAGGAAGAUCACGAUUAG